AUGUCGUUUUUAGAGAGUUUAAGUGACCCGGUGAAGGUUGUCGAGGUUUCCAGCGAGGCUCCGCUAGAGUUUGUGAAGGACCAUGUGGACAAUGUGAUCAAGCUUUCGAAGCAGAGCGGUCUGCGCAACAAGUUUGAUCUGGAGGAAGUGACCAUCAGUGGUCUGGAUGCCAACCAGGUGUGGUGGCAGGCCAAGAUUGUGCAGGAUAACAUAGAAGGUGAGCUGCUGGACCGUAUACAGGAGCUGCGUGAAGUGCUCGGCGCUGGAGAAGCCUCCGAUGUGUCUGGCGAGGAGAGUGAAGAGCAAGUUAGUGAAGACGAAGAAGAUGAUGAAGACGGAAGCGAAACUGAACCACUGGAACAGGACCAAGCAGUUGAACAAGAGUUAUCUGAAGAGGAAGAUGUCGAGUCUGAUAAUGGUGAGAUCGAAGGUACUGAUCUGUCUGAUAAAGAAGAACAAGAGGCAGAAGUGUCGGAAGGCGAUGAAGUGAUAGCUGAGAGUAGACAUGACAAAUCCGAUGAGGAAGUUAUCCCAGAGUCCAAGCAAACAGAGAGUGAGGUGAACGAUCAGUUCUUCAAUAUAGAUGAGUUUAACAAACAGACUGACGACUCAAAGGACCCGCUAGCUCCAAAGGUGGAAGACGAUGAUGAAGACGAUAUAGACUAUUUCGGUGAUAUUCCUUCUGAGGAUGAUGAAGAGGCUAUAUAUUAUGAUGAUUUCUUUGACAAGCCCGAUGCUAAGUCCUCUAGGAAGUUGAACAGAAAUGAUAAAGAAGCUGAAAACAAUGAGAGUGAAGACGAAUUUAUGGAUGAACCGGAUCUUGAGGACGAUGACUACUAUAAUGAAGCUAUGGAUUCAGCAAAACUUGAUCUGUUUGCGGAUGCCGAGGAUGAAUCAGAGGAAGACGGAGAAAAUGAUGAGGAAAAAUUAUCUACAUUUGAGAAGAGGCAACUAGAGCUAAAGAAACAAAUUGAACAACUAGAAAAGGAAGCUAUUGCCGAGAAGAAAUGGGCAUUGAAAGGUGAAGUAAAAGCCCAGGAUAGACCGGAUGAUACGUUGCUGACAGAGGAGCUAGAAUUUGACAGAACUGCAAAACCUGUUCCAAUCAUUACACAGGAAGUUACAGAGUCUCUAGAAGAGAUGAUUAGAAGAAGGAUCAAGGAAUACAAUUUUGAUGACUUACAACGUAGAACUGUUGCCGAUCUAAACCUGGGUAUGCGUAGAGAGAAAUUCGAGCUAAGUGAUGCCAAGUCAUCGAAGUCAUUAGCUGAGAUCUACGAGGAAGAUUAUAAAGGCGUUUCAGAGGAAACAGCAGCAUCUGAGGAGCUACAGAAAGAGCAUGACGAGAUAUCAGACAUGCUCACGAACUUGUUUUAUAAAUUGGAUGCUCUAUCUUCUGCCCAUUUCGUACCAAGGCCAGCAAAACAAUCGUUGGAAGUGAAGGUGGAGAGUGCUGCUAUAGCGAUGGAGGAUGCCCAGCCAUUGACCAUGACCACAGCAUCCACUCUUGCACCACAGGAGGUUUACAAAGUUGGCAAAGCCGAGAAAGACACAGAAAUCCGUCUCAAAGACGGUACUGUCAUGUCCAAGGAAGAACUUUCCAGAGAGGACAAGACCAGACUACGCAGAGCUGCAAAGAGAAAGAGAUCCAAGGCUUUGCAAAACAAAUCACAACAACCACAAAAGAAAAGCAAAAAAUCAGAUGUUAUCGACACCUUGUCCAAGGCUAAGAACGUCACUGUUAUCGAUAAUAAGGGUCAAAAGAGUGAUGUUGGUGGUAAAGCAUUAAAGGAUAAGAAGUCGCAGCAAGCAGACUUUAUCAAACUUUAG